CAGCCAUAUUGGAAUUUAAAUUUUUUCAAAAAAUCAAAAAUAUUAUUACUCUGCAGCAAAACAAUGCUUAAGCUGAAUAAGACAAACGUCCAACAUACCUUAGAUACUAUGUCAUAGGGUUCUCAUCAAUAACUGAAUUUCAACAAUGAUGAAUCAAAGUGAACACAGUGGAGAAUCAUUUCCACAAAAUUCUGCAAGCGAAAAUCAAAAUGUCAAGAACACCGGUGGGACAAUGUCAGCUCAGUCACCCACAAAUAAUCUAAGGAGUAAACAAAAUGAACGUAUUCUAAGGUUAAUUCAAGAGGCAAAACAAAACUUCUCCACCAUAUUAGAUUUGAGUAAAAUGGGACUUCGCAAACUGCCCUCUGAAGUCUUGGAGUUGACAAAUUUGCAGUAUUUGUACCUAGAAGGAAAUGAACUGACUUGUCUUCCUGAGAAUUUUUUUGAUGCCCUGCCGAAACUACAGUGGUUGGAUUUACGGCGUAACUAUAUCAUUGCCAUCCCAAGCGUGUUCCUAAGUCGCCAUGAAAAUUUAAGGAACAUCCUGCUAGAAAACAAUGAACUUAGAACACUUCCUUUAGAGUUAGGUCUUGUUAAGAAUCUCAGUGGACUCAACAUAAACAAUAACCCAUUAGAAUUCCCUCCUCCUGAUGUCCUUGAGAGAGGAACCCAAGAUCUUCUGAAAUAUCUGCGUGAUACUCUACAUGCAAAAUCACAAGGGAAAUUACCUAUAAAUACAGAUUUGAGAAUUCAUGAGUUGAGAAUAAGUGAGGAAGGCGACUCACAUUCAUAUAUGGAAAAUGUCAAAGAUCAGAAUGGUAUAGGUGGCGCUGAAGAAUGGGAACAACAGAAUCCUGAGAUGGACGAUUUAUCGAAGCUGAAAUCAAGUCAUCGUAGAGCUUCCCUUGAAUCUGAUGGCUCACUUUCCUCAUAUGAUUCCCAAAGUAUGCUCAGCCAUGCUAGAGAUAUCUCAAGUGCUAAAUAUUAUAAUGACUUGAAUCCAAUGACUUCAACAAGAUUUAACACAGAAAGACAUGACCUAGGUGGUCCAGGGACAUUGAAGUUAUCAUUGAAUAAACCUACAAACUAUGAUGACAUACGGAAAAAGCAAUAUGAAAAAAUCAAAAAAGCUGGUGCUUUAGGAGUAUUAGAAAAUUCAAUGGAUAGAAAAAAGAAAUUAAAGAAAUUGCGUAAAGUCAACAAGUAUCCAAAACCUCCACCUAUUGAGAGGAUUGAAGAGAAACUAAUGGAAGAAAGACGGCAGAUUCGGAUGAAAGAUCUGAGAGAAAAACAGAAUGCAAUAAUACAGAGAAAAAAAGAUAAAGACUUGCUGAGUGGAUGGAGGGAUGAAACUAAACAACAGCAGCGUAAACUACAAUUUGAUGCUAUGAGAAAGGGCCCACCAGAGUUCCUUGAACCAGUUCGUAAAGCUCCAUUUGAUAUUGAUCAGGAUCACAUAAAAAUUCCAACAAAUGAGCAAAGAAUAAAGGAAGAGGUCAAGGCCACACAUGAGAAGAUCCGAAGAGCUGCCUCUCCAAACACUAUACAGAAAUUAGAAAUGGAAAGGAGGAUGCGAGAUAACGAAUUAAAAGAAAAAUUGAAAAAGCACUCAGAAAAGAUGGCAGAGAGGCGGUCAUUGCCUAAAAAGAGUCCACAAGAAGAAAUGCAACUGGCCCAGAGGGAAUUGGAAAUCGUGAAGAGACUGCAGAAAGAACUAAUUGGCAGAUACAAUAAUUUACAUCAUUGGACCCAAGGCUAAUGAACUGCAGCAACAGUUAGCAAGGCGCCGUAAAGAAUUGGAGUAUCGCUUCCAAGCCUUCACUGGAGAUACUGUCAUACCUGCCAAGGUCAAUCAUAGGACAGUGGUGUCAAACAAUAAUAAAUACUCAAAGAAUCCAAGAGUACUCAAAUAAUGUUGUACUACUGUAUACUACUUGAUCUGAGAAAUGUGUUGUUCAAAAAUGGUGCAAAAAUAGAAAGGCUUCAUUAUGAUUUUGGAUAGUCUAGCUACAAUCCCCUGUGACCACCCCCCCCCCCCCCAAACUACACAGGUAUGAAAACUUCUCAUAUAGGAGAGGAGAUGUGUAGUGGGGGCACAAAGACUUGUAGCUAGACUUGAUUUUGGAUUUUGAUAUUUAUGAGAUUGAGGAUUUUGAAAAAACUAUAGUUGGAUGAUUAGCAAAGGAUGAUGGAUAACAUGCGAAAUGAAACCAUUCCCUCAAUAUCACAGAGACUGGAAUUCAAUUUCAUGAAGUUGGAAAUU